AUGAGUAAGUCAACGUCUGCAUCCUCUUCAUCUUCAAGUGGUUUAAAGACACUUGUUCCUGGACCACCAUGUUGGUGUUCAAGACAUACAAACGUGACAAUGUCAUGGUCAGACGAAAACCCGGGGCGGCGUUUUAACCGUUGUGAGGUCCACGGAUUUGUCAGCUGGGUUGACAAAGAAGAACCGUCAACCUGGCAGAAGGUUAGUUUACUAGAGGCAAGAAAUCAAAUCAGGCGCUACAAACGGGAAACAACAGAUUUGCGAGCAACUUUAGCGGAAACCAAUGCUGUGAUCGAGUCGUUACGAUCUUCUACAGAAAGGAACGACGAAGUGGAAAUACAGCCAUGUGGAAACCAAAUUGGUGAGCUAUGGGAGGGGUCAAAGAAAACAAUGCGAACCAUGUUCUUCAUCACCUGGAUUCUGAUGCUAAUUACAACAGCAAUGAUCAUUAUCAGUAUUUCAAAAUGA